CAAAUUAUCGUGGACACAAGCGACUCAUUAAUGACGAACAACAACAUGACCAAAUGGAAGUUAGAUUACAACGAACAUUUACGUUUUCACAUGCCUAAACCUGGCUUGAAAGGAUUUGCAUGGAAUAGUUCAUCUAGAGUUAUUUGUGCAACAUUUCUUACAAUAAGUAAAUUGAUCGGUAAGACAGUGAACCACACAUGUGUACAUAACCGUGACCAGUUUCUCAGUUUGCUCAAUGAGCGAGAAAAUCGAGGCCUUCUCACCGUUAGUAAUCAUACAAGCAGACUGGAUGAUCCUUUGAUGUGGAACAUAUUGGAUUGGAAGAACCUAAUUAAUGUUCAUCAGUUUCGUUGGUCGACAGCUGCUGAAGAUGUUGUAUUCAACAGUCGGUUCAGUGCAUUCUGUAUGGCUGUUGGCAAGGUCUUACCAUUAAACAGGGGAGCUGGGGUGUAUCAGAAAGCAAUGGACUUCUGUGUGAAUGAACUCCAAGCAGGGAAAUGGGUUCACAUCUUUCCUGAGGGUAAGGUAAACCUAGAACAGAAAGCAAUGAGAUUUAAGUGGGGUGUAGGAAGACUGAUUGCUGAUACCCCUGUGACACCAUUGGUCUUUCUCAUACACCAUGUUGGUUUUGAGCAUGUAUUUCCGAAUAACGGCAUACUGUACCCUCGUUUUGGAAAGAAAUCAUCUAUAUACAUCAGUGAGGCAAUAGACUUUACUCAGGAAGUCAAUCAUCUCAAACAAAUCAUGAAAACUCCAGAGGAAAUUCGGAAGCAUUUGACAGACACUAUACAGAACAAAAUGGCUGAUUUAAAACAAGAAGCAGAACAGUUUCAUAGUAUUAUGUAUAAAAAAGAUGUCAGAUCUUGACGAGGAUUAUUGUCUAGCCUUGAACUGAACUGAACCUUUUAAAAAGAAAUGUGAUAUUUUAAAUGAAAAUAUAUUUUUAUAAAUGCUGUUAUCUUAAUACUGAAAAUCAGGGUUUUGUUUUUAGCUCACCUGUCACAUAGUAACAGGGUGAGCUUUUGUGAUCGCCCUUCGUCUGUCGUCCGUCCGUCGUCCAUCCACAAUUUCUUGUCUGCACGAUAGAGGUUUCAUUUAUGAUUUUAUUUUAACCAAACUUGCACACAACUUGUAUCACCAUAAGAUCUUGGUUCCUUUCUUGAACUGGCCAGAUCCCAUUAUGGGUUCCAGAGUUAUGGCCCCUAAAAGGGCCAAAAUUAGCUAUUUUGACCUUGUCUGCACAAUAGCAGCUUCAUUUAUGAUUUGAUUUUUACCGAACUUGCACACAAGUUGUAUCAACAUAAGAUCUUCGUUCCUUUUUUGAACUGGCCAGAUUCCUUUAUGGGUUCCAGAGUUAUGGCCCCUGAAAGGGCCAAAAUUAGCUAUUUUGACCUUGUCUGCACAGUAGCAGCUUUAUUUAUGAUUUGAUUUUUACCAAACUUGCACACAACUUGUAUCACCAUAAGAUCUUGGUUCCUUUCUUGAACUGGCCAGAUUCCAUUAUGGGUUCCAGAGUUAUGGUCCCUGAAAGGGCCAAAAUUAGCUAUUUUGACCUUGUCUGCACAAUAGCAGCUUCAUUUAUGAUUUGAUUUUAACCAAACUGGCAUACAACUUGUAUCACCAUAAGAUCUUGGUUCCUUUUUUGAACUGGUGAGAUUCCAUUAUGGGUUCCAGAGUUAUGGCCCCUGAAAGGGCCAAAAUUAGCUAUUUUGACCUUGUUUGCACAGUAGCAUCUUCAUUUAUGAUUCGAUUUUAACCAAACUUGCACACAACUUGUAUCACCACAAGAUCUUGGUUCUUUUCUUGAACUGGCCAAAUUUCUUCAUGGGUUCCAGAGUUAUGGCCCCUGAAAGGUCCAAAAUUGGCUAUUUUAGCUUUUGCAGCCAUAUAGAGACUUCAUUUAUGGUUUUAUUUGAUACAAACUUCCAAAAUAACUUCAACAACAAUAAUUCUUGGAUUCCAUGACAAAUCAGAUCCAAGCGUAGGUUCAGAGUUAUUUUAUAUCUGAUUACCUCCCCUGAUUGUAAUCAAAAUGGAUUUAUAUCAGUAAGUACUUAUAGUACUGAUUUGAAAUUUCAUUAUUGUCAUUAGUUGGACUGAGCCAAUCAGGGUAGAAAACUAUAGACUGAUUUUAUGUCAAAUUACCUCCCUUUAUUUCAAAUUAAAAUGGGUAUAAUCUCCGUAACUAAUGAAGAUACUUAUCUGAAAUUUCAUUUAUGUCAACAGAUUUAUUCGGCAGAUCCGUCUUUUCUUCACUUACAAUAAUUUUUUUUUAAUUACUUCCCUUUUACGUUACUAUAAGUAGCUUAUAUUAGUAACUUAUUAUUGGCCGUAGGGAAAAACCGAGACCACUUUUCUGUGGUACAACAUGGAUGGUACCUCCAAAUUUUAGGUGUAUUUUGACAUAUCUGUACCUUGUAAGAAUUUUUUUUCUUUUUGGUUAAAUUUCUUCCCUUUGUUGUUACUGUCCUUUGGACUUAGAUAUUUUUUCUGUGGACCUUCUUGUCCUCAAGUGCAAUGAUAACAGGUGAGCGAUAUAGGGCCAUCAUGGCCCUCUUAUUUCCAAGUAGUGUACAGAUGUAGUUAGUUUUAAAUAUUGCAUUUGGGACCCUUGUUUAUUUCAUUGGUUGACACAAAUAAAUUCUGUUUAAGUAGA